UCUGUGCAGGCUCGUGGUGGAGCCGUGGUCCUGGUCUGAUCCUCAGCUCUCUGUCCUCCAGGCCGGUCAUGAAGUCCCCCGCUCCCGCAGCGGCCGCCGCGCUCUUAGCGCUGGCCGCCACCGUGCACGCCACCGCGCUCUUCCGGGAGACGUUCUCGGAUGGAGAUGGGUGGAAGGACCGCUGGGUCGAGUCCAAGCACAAGUCCGACUACGGCCAGUGGAAACUGAGUGCUGGGAAGUUUUACGGAGACGCCGAGGCCGACAAGGGCCUCCAGACCAGCCAGGACGCCCGCUUCUACGCCCUGUCGGCCAGCUUUGAACCCUUCAGCAACGAGGGGAAGCCCCUGGUGGUCCAGUUUACCGUCAAGCACGAGCAGAAGAUCGACUGUGGCGGCGGCUACGUGAAGAUCUUCCCGGCGGACCUGGACCAGACCAACAUGCACGGAGACUCGCAGUACUACGUCAUGUUCGGGCCCGACAUCUGCGGCUACAGCACCAAGAAGGUCCACGUCAUCUUCAACUACAAGGGCCAGAACCACCUCAUCAAGAAGGACGUCAAGUGCAAGGACGACGAGCUGACCCACCUGUACACCCUCAUCCUGAACCCGGACCAGACCUACGAGGUCCGGAUCGACGGAGAGAAGGUGGAGUCUGGUUCCCUGGAGGACGACUGGGACAUGCUGCCGCCCAAGAAGGUCAAGGACCCCGAGGCCAAGAAACCCGGCGACUGGGACGACCGGGCCAAGAUCGACGACCCGAGCGACACCAAGCCUGAGGACUGGGACCAGCCAGAGACCGUCCCCGACCCCGAUGCCAAGAAGCCCGAGGACUGGGACGAGGACAUGGACGGGGAGUGGGAGCCGCCCAUGAUCACCAACCCGGAGUACAAGGGCGAGUGGAAACCCAAACAGAUGGAGAACCCGGACUACAAGGGGGCGUGGGUCCACCCGGAGAUCGACAACCCCGAGUACAGCCAAGACUCCACCAUGUACAAGUUUGACAACGUGGGCGUGCUGGGCCUGGACCUGUGGCAGGUCAAAUCUGGAACCAUCUUUGACAACUUCCUGAUCACAGACGACGUGAAAGAAGCAGAGGACUUCGGGAAGACGACCUGGGGAGUUACCAAGGGACCAGAGAAGAAGAUGAAGGAGGAUCAGGACGACAUGGAGAGGAAGCUGAGGGAGGAGGAGGACAAGGGCGCGAAGGACGCUGAAGGUGACGAGGAGGAGGAAGAGGAGGAGGAAGAGGAGGAGGAAGAGAUGGAAGAGAAUAAGACGGACGAGGACGCUGAGACGGAGGAGGACAACGAGAUCCUGGAGAAGGACGAGUUGUAGGACGAGUUGUAGGACGAGUCAGCGGCUGAUGUUCCAGGUUAAACUGAGACGGACAGAACCCUGGCAGACUCACGGAGGGAGGGCAGGGGAGUGUGUGGGGGGGGGUUCUUUUUUCAAACUUCAGAUCAGAGAAGGGGAAAGUUUACUUGUUGGUUCUGGUUGAAGGUCUAAGUUGAUCAGAGUGUUGAUGUUGGUCUGUGAGUGUGCGCGUGUGUGUGUGUGUGUGUGUGUGCGCGCGCGUGUAGGGGUGUGUGUCUAGGUGGGGGUGUGUGUGUGUAAGGUUGUGUGUAAAUGGGGGGGGGGGGGGUCAGCAGUUCUUCUUUGAUGGUUUCAUGUGACGUCACACUGCUCAUGUUGAAAUCACCUUUUAUAAUUUAUUCUUAUUAGUCUCUGAAGUGUGUGUGUGUGUGUGUGUGUGUGUGUGUGUGUGUGUGUGUGUGUGUGUGUGUGUGUGUGUGUGUGUGUGUCCGUGCACAGACCAGCUCAGGUUCCUUGUUGGAUCAUCUCCACGUCUGCAGCGUGGUGAGGGGGUGAAUAAACUGCUUCUCUGAACAUCUGGUCUGGAUCAGUUUCUAGUCGUCUUCAGCGAGCAGAAACUUCUAGAAAUAAAAACAGAAAAAAGAAAAGA